AUGAAUGCAUGGCUGCUGCCACACGGCGUCUUGUUUAGCCCGAAGAGAUCUCUCUUAUCCCUUACGUUUCAUUCCACGAAUCAAUAUAACAGUCCAACAUACAAAUAUCGACCUGACCCCAUCUUCCCCCAACCCUUCGAAGCAAACCUUACUAUGUUCAAGCAAACUUCAAGAGCAUUUUCCACCAACGCUCGCAUCCACCCGAGCUACUUCUUACAGACUCCCCGCCGAAUCGCCAUGAGAUGGAUCCCGCCCACAGUAGCAGUCGUCGCCGUCGGCUACGGCUUAAAUUCCUACAGACAGAACAUGGUCCAGCGUCGCCUCGCCAUGGCUGAGGAGGCAGAGAAGCGGGCAGUCGAGGACCGGAAGCGUGCGGCAAAAUUACUCGAUGCCUACGGCGACCGGUCCAGUCUCGAGGAGCUCGAGAAGGCGAUGCAGGUCUACGAAGCGCAGAACCAGGUCUAA